AUGGCCGUUCCAGGUUCACGCUGCUUGCAGCUCUUCACUGGCAUUCUCACCAUCUUGCUGCAAGUGCGAGCAGGCGUUGCCUUUGUUUCCGUCCCUGGAGCGAGCGUGCAGACAAAGGAGGUUCACGCCGUGCGGCAAGUAGCGGACUUCCAAGCUUCAGCAGCCAAAGGGUGGUCUGGCAGUGCCUGUGCCACACUGGCCUCAGCUGGCAUUGCCGUCACUCUGGCUUUGUGGCGGAGAUCGAGUCGUGACUUCUCAGCAGUCGCAGCCGGAUAUGCCCCUGCCAAGAAUAGGUUCGAGCGAAAGUGGUGGUACGUCGAGGAGACGAGGGACCCGACAAAGUUGCCUCUUUGGCAGCGAGAUUACCGCUUUGGUUUCCAGGUGCUGAGACGAAGCAUGGUUGAGGCGCGCAAGAAAGGCAAGAAAAUCUUCUGGGAUGUGCGUGUUCUGCACGUCGACGACAAAGGUUGCAAGGUCGAGAUGCUCAACUCUGGUCUGAUUGGUUACAUGCCAAGAGGCGAGGAGGGACCUGCGGAUUUCACUGAGCGGCCACAUUUCGGAGACAUCCUGAAGGUGGAGUGCCUGGCAUGCCCCAUGCAGCGCGUCAACAAAGAGCAGAAGUACAGCCCGUGGCCAAAUCUCUAUCGGCGUUCCAAGAAGGCGCAGCCAUUCUUCUCCCACAACAUGUGGGUGGAGCAACAGAGGGCAAUCGCAAAAGCCAAGGAAAUGGAGGCUGGAACGAUUGUCGACGCCGUUGUCUUCAAGCACUGCCCGAAAGGGCUUAUCAUGACGCUUGACGGUCCAGACAAGCCGAAGGGCAUGCUGGACAUGAGGGAUAUCUCGCGCAAGAAAUCCGCGCACAAGUGGGUCGACAAGAUGUUCCCAAUUGGCACGAAGAUGAGAUGCUACGUGGUCCAUGCCGACACAGAAAAUGGUCGGAUCACCCUGUCCACGAAGGAGUUCGAAGACGACGACCACGUCGGGUGGAUGUUGAGCUUUCCUGAACGAUGCUUCGCGAUGGCUGAGGAGGCGGUCGAAAGGUAUAACGAAAAGCGGAGUGCGUACAUCGCGUGGCUGCAGAGAUGA